AUGCUUGUUGGUCACACGGUGUCCGUGUCUAUCGUCUACCACUACACGUACUUGAAAGAGUACCUUCCUGAAGAGCUCCCAAUUUUUCAAGCGCCUUUGAUGCAAAACAAGCAGAAAAUUCAAGAAUUGAAGAAGUUUAUUAUCUGUGACGAGGCCAGCAGUGAAGAGACGAUCACUGUCACUGGUGUUCCAUUGCACGUUGUUUCAUUAUCGGAAUUACAAUCGUGGUCGAGUUACAACGCUCGGGAUAGCACAAUGGUGCUUGUGAAGUUAUUGAGGGUAUCCGCUUAG